GUAUUGGAAGACAUGGAUCUUGCUGCCAACGAGCUCAGCAUUUAUGACAAACUUUCAGAGACUGUUGAUUUGGUGAGACAAACAGGCCAUCAAUGUGGCAUGUCAGAGAAAGCAAUUGAAAAAUUUAUCAGGCAAUUACUGGAAAAGAAUGAACCUCAAAGGGGAGCACCCCAAUAUCCUCUCCUUACAGCUGUGUAUAAGAUCUUUAUGACCCUGGGAUUAAUCUUGCUCACUGCCUACUUUGUGAUUCAACCUUUCAGCUCAUUACCACCUGAACCAGUACUUUCAGGAGCUUAUACCUGGCGCUCACUCAUCCAUCACAUCCGGUUGAUGUCCUUGCCUAUUACCAAGAAGUAUAUGCCAGAAAAUAAGGAAGUCUCUCCACAUAGGGGUGAUGAAGACACCUUUCCAGACUUUGAUCCCUGGUCAACAAAUGAGUGUGAGCGGAAUGAGUCGGACCCCAUCCCUGCCAACUGCACUGGUUGUACCCAGAAAUUACCCCUCCAGGUAAUGCUGCUGGAAGAUGCCCCUGAGAAAUUGGAGCGGCUCCAUCCUCUGGUGAUCAAGACGGAACAGACCCUGUCUUCCGAGCGACUUCAGCAGUUUUUGUGUCGCUACCCUGAGGCAGCAGAAGGCUUCAUUGAAGGGUUUUUCACUAAGUGGUGGCGCUGCUUUCCUGAUCGGUGGUUCCCAUUUCCUUAUCCAUGGAGAAGGCCUCGGAAUAGAUCACAAAUUUUACAUGAACUUUUUCCUGCUUUCACCUUUCUACCAUUUCCAAAAGAGGCCUCCUUGAAAAAAUGCUUCCUUCUUCACCCGGAACCUGUUGUGGGGAGUAAGAUGCACCGGAUGCAUGACCUGUUUGCCAUUUGCAGCGGCGAGGCCAUGCUGCAGCUCAUCCCUCCCUUCCACUGCCGAAGACACUGCCAGUCCAUGGCGCUGCAGCUACAGCCAGGGGAUAUCGGUUAUGCUGAUGCCACCCACUGGAAGGUCUACAUUAUAGCCAAAGGGCCCCAGCCUUUGGUCAUCUGCGAUGGAACCAUCCUCUCAGAACCAUAG